GCUCUUUGCUGCCCAUGAAAUUCUACCUUAACACGGCUGGCAUAGGGGAGUUACCAGUCCUCAAUUACCAUGGGAAUGUGAAGUGAAGGGCACCUGGCAACACUGUAAUGCUCGAAGCACUGACAGAAGUUAGGGAAUAUCAAUUUUGGCCAUAAAAAACUAAAAGAUGACACUUACCGGUACCACAGCUGCGUUCUUCGCUCUGAUUGUUUUACUCACUUUAUCGUUUGGAUAUGCUUCAACGAAUGAAUAUACCGCAGCACGAGUUGAGAGUUGCAGAGGCUGCAGUCUUAACCGGCUACCCGAGGUGAAAAAAUUCAUCUUCGAAGAUCUUCCUCUCUAUGAGAAUGUUGAAUUCAAGCCAAUACCUGGGGCUGUACCAGAACUUGUUCUGCUGAAUAAGAAUGAUGAGGAAGUGGAGAGGCUGCAACUUUCUCGAUUAAAUCGUGAGGAAUGCAACGAAUUGUUAGUUAAUAAGGGUUUUAAAAUAUCAAGACCCAUUAAAGAUGAAAUAUAACUGUCUGAAGUAAUCGAUGUAUCAUACAUUCUGUAAUUAUUCAUACGUCUGAAGAAAAAUACAGUAUGAUUUUUAAUUUCGAAAAAUUCCACCUUACAACUAUUUUUCCUAGAGUUUUGUACAUUAUAGAUAGUACCAACUUCUAAUGAACAUGUUUUUGUGUUCCACCUGUGAUAUGAUCACGAUUUUCCAUUACAAACCAAUUACUCUCUUAUAGAAAAAAAAAGCUUCGAAAAUUGGCGAUGAACUAUUUCAGGUAAAUCAGUUUUCUCGUUCCAGUAAAUUUGAAAAAAAAAUUUUGUCAAGAGGGAAUUCUACAUAUAGUCUAACCUCAAUUAUCUGAACACCGACUCAAAAAAUACAUUUAUCGUGCAAAAUAUACAUUGUUGCUUCCAAAAUAAUGUGAAGCAGCUGUUCGUCCAUUGACAAUAGAUGACUCUGUAAAACCAAAGUAAUGAAAUAAUCGUUCGGUGUUUGAAACAGGUUCAAUAUGUAUUUGGAUAUUUAAUAUGGGCUGUUGGUCGAUUUAAAUUUGUGUAGUAUAUAUUAUUAUACCUUAUAAAAAUUGCGUCUCGGUUUUCCGAACUUGUGAUCAUCCAAACCACGCUCGGUCCCAACUAGUUCGCAUAAUCUAGGUUCAACUGUACUUUGAUAUCAUGGAUCAAUUAAACUAAACUUUAUGGCUAACUGGAAAAUGCCAAAAUUUGAUAUUGCCAUUAUCCUUUGUAUAGCAAAAAAUUUUCAUGUGAUACUUGACAAAAUUUCAGACCAGUUUUCUAAAUUUAUUGAAUGGAAUUAUCUUCUCGAUUGAAGUCAAGGAAUUUCACAACUUUUCUAAAAAAAAAUACAUUUUCCAAUAUUCUGCUUACGUUUGCAUCAACGUUGCGUCAGUAUUUCUAAUAAGAUUUUAUGUCCACUAAAGUUUUGAAAGUUUAGUAAUAUGUAAAAGUAUGGAAUACGUGAAACAGUACACAUAAAUUUAUGUCUUUUUUUUUAGAUAUUGCCUUAUUAAUACGAGCGUUGCACUAAUUGGGACGCUUCAUUUAAUAAAAAAAAAAAUGCCACUUUCCAUGUGUGUACAACACAAGAAACCAAAAAAGGUUGAAUCAUAUUUUCUUUUUCUUAAAUAAAAAUAUUUAAAAAGAACUGCACAUGUUACACGCAAUUGAAUUUCAUUGAUUUUCUAAAAUAAUGUUUCAAAAAUUUCAACUCCCUACAUCAAUAGGAACCUGUGCACAACCAAGAUCAGAUUAUUUCCAUUCAAAGUUGAUUCUCAGAUUGAAAAAAACUUUUUCAUGAGAAACUUAAGUUUUUCUCAUUACGAAAUUCAAAUUAUUCAUUUUGAAGUAUGAACAAUCUGCAUGGGUUUUGGUGGAUAUUAAGAUGAAUACAAUGAAUGAACUAAUCGAGGGGUACCCACUCCUGAAAUAAUUGUAACAGUUGACUUCGAUAUAGUAUAAAAUACUUGUGGAAUGCUUUUGAUGAAAUAGCAUGAAAUGUAUAUGAAAUACCUAGUAUGAAAAGGUAUAAAAUGGUUGUGAAAUCAAUCAGAAAUAGUUUAUAUCUUUCAAUAGAUUGAAUUUUGCGAUAAUAAUUUUUGUUAGCAUGUCGGACGUCAUCGGAUCGUUAUAGUUCCCAAUCAACUGUAUAAGCGACGAUUUUUUUAUAAUUGAAAAAAGAAAAAAUACGACACAAUUAUUUCAGAUUUCUUUACUUUAUAUGCGAAUCAAAUUGACUCCAUUGAAAGAACUCAAUUACAUUGCCUACAUUUUCUGGUAUGCUGUUGUAUUAAAGAAAUAAACUUGUGGUACUCCCGCUUGUUACUAUUCAAGUUUAUUAUAUAUUAGUCAAAAUUAUAUAUCAUGCUGUAUGGUGUAAUUUUCAUGUGAACGUAAAUCCUACGACUGGUGUACCCGAAAAAGUCGGGGAAUUUUGUGUUGAAAAAAUAGCAGCAACUCCGCAUCUUUCUGAGAGUUUCUACAAUCGAUAUUCUUCAUUAAAUUGAUAUAACAUGCAUGCAUGUCUUUUUUACUCUAAAAAUGACGAGAUCAUCGUUUUCUUCAUCAUCUUAGGAAUAUCUUCGGGGACGUGAGCAGCCAUGACAAUGGUUAUUGUUGUACGAUUUUUUUUUCCAUUAUAGUAAUAUGCAAUAUGAGCGUCAUAUGUAUCUAUGUAGUAUAUAUAUUAUAUCAUAUUAUAUUACAGUGUUACAUUAACGUUAGUCCGCAUAUAUACAUUUACUUAUCCGAACGUCUUUUAUUUUCAAUACCUUUGCUUUUUUUUAAAUCUAACUUAAAAAUUAAAUUAUAUACAAACUUGAAACGUACGUUACACUUAUACAGCAUUAAACGGAAACACAAUUUCAAUUUCUCUGUUACAGUUACAUAUUCUGAAUUUGUGUAAGAUAGAUAUUUCUUAACAAAUCUACCUAUUAUAUAUACAUUUAAUUGGUAAAAUUUCCAAAACCAAAUAAAAUUAUCUCCUGCUUGGAUACAUAUUCGCUAUUGUAGCUCAUUUUUUCAAGAUGAAAUAAUGAUGUUUCACCUUGAUGCUGAUAUUAUUAUGAUACAAGCUACUUCUAUUAUAUGACAUUUUAAAUUUCUAUUCCAAUUUCUUAUAUUCGGUUUAUAAUCAUUAUCCAGUGUAUUAAAAUAUAUUACAUAUACGUAUGUAUCAUAUUUUCUUUUGGUUUGAUAUUUUGAUUUGUCAAUUUCACUUAACUUACCGAGUACCAAUUAAAUCAUGAAAGUGGAUGUAUGUAUUAAUAACUUUGAAAUUUCUAGUAUCAUUAGCUUUUCGUUUCAUCCAGACACAAGAAUUUCUUUAAACAGUUUGUCUCUCUGACAUAAGAAAAAAAAGAAAAAAAUCAACUACCACCAUCAUAUUCACACAGGCUUUAGUACAAUAAGACUGACAGAAA